AUGACAAAUCAGGAAAGCUUACUGUUGAUGGCGAAACGAGUAGGUAAUACAGUUAGAAAAAUGGCGGGAACUGAUAAAAGCUGGUACACUCCAUUCAUGGCGGCAGCUUCUGACGCCGUCUCUCGGCGUAUUCCUGAUGUCGAUUUUGUCCUUGAUCUUCGAGAUGCCCGGAUACCAUUGUCAUCAGAAUGUGAGCUGCUUAGAAGAUUAUCUUCUUCGCCAUCGUCUCGUCGCAUUGUUGUUUUGAACAAGCUGGAUCUUGCUAGCCGCUCCCUUGUCAAGGGAUGGAUAAGAUAUUUUGAACGUCAAAAUUUUCCGGCUUUCAGUGUGAAUUCGCAUAAUAAAGACAACAUUCAAGAGUUCCUAGGUUUCCUGCAAGUCCAAGUCAGAGCUUUAAAGAAAGCAGAGCCUGAAAGACAUACCAUAACAAUGAUAUUGGUUGGAAUUCCCAAUGUUGGGAAAUCAGCCCUUGCAAAUUCUUUGCAUCAAAUUGGGCGGAUUAGUGCCGCAGAGAAAGGGAAGUUGAAGCAUGCAGUAGUGAGCCCAUUGCCUGGUGAGACGAAGGCUAUCUGCAGCUUGAAGGUUGCGAGCCAUCCUAGCAUUUAUAUCUUAGAUACCCCCGGAAUUCUACCCCAACAGAUGAUUGAUUUGGAAGUGUGUGCUAAGUUAGCUUUAACAGGAGCUCUCAGAAACAGCUUAGUGGGAGAGAAAGCACUUGCGGAAUAUUUUCUCUGUGUACUGAACAUGAGCUAUGAAUAUCAGAAAUGGGAAAAGCUAUCUACUCACGAGCUUCCGGUUUCAGGGAAAGAUGAUAAUGUUGCACCAAAUACUGGUAGUCUGAAAAACAGAAGCUCAAGGCCAGAAGCCGCCACUGACCAUACUCAGGAUUCUGUAGUACUCUCUGUUCGUAAAAGUCUGUUUGAAGCGGUUUCAUCCUUCAGAGGUAAUUUACAAGACGAAGAGGAAAUGUUAAGGCUAAUAGAAGCAGAGUUUGUAGUUCUGAGAAAGGUUUUUAAUUUGCCCACGGAGUCAGAGGAGGAUUCUGAUCACAAAGUUGCUGUAAAAUUACUGAAUCUUUUUCGAACUGGGAGGAUUGGUCAUUACAUAUUGGACUCCAUACCUGUAAAUAUUGAAAAUAACUAACCAUAGUUAUAGUGUUACGGCUAUGACUUUACACUGAAGAUCAACAACAUGCCUUUGAUGUUUUGACUGUUUGUUUGUACAUUGUAAGGUAGAGAGAUAUUUCUUCAUUCCUCAAAAUUGGGAACCAAAAAAUCCCCAUGAAGUUCAGUUGUAUGAGAUCAUAAAAACA